AUGGCUUAUAAAGGAAAAUACACAGAUCGUAAUCCGAACACAGCGGCGGCAGGAAAAAUUUUCGAGCCCGAAGGAAAUGUCGGCGAUUUUUUCAAAAUGCAUCCAAUUGAAGAGGAAGCACAAAAUAUGUUGGAAUUCAAAUGUAAAGCAAAAAUUGACAGACGCAAACAGAAGCCCUGCAUCUGUUUUUCCCCAAACACGCCGGAGCAGUCAUUGAAAGAAUUAUUGAGCCCAGAAAUGAAGAAAAGUCGUUUUGUGACAUUUCGCGAGAAGUUUUUGGAGAGGAUGUUUUUUAAAAAACCCGAACUUGCUACAGCAUUUCCGGUGCAUUCAAAACCGGACAGUUAUACCAAUGAGAGUGCAAUUUAUGGCAAAAAAUUAGAUCGUUCCGAGAGCUUGUACGACGUAGUAUUGCCGAACAAGACCGCUGUAGACGUGAACCGCGACUUCAUUAAAUGGCAUGAAAAAUAUGUAUUAUCCCAUAAGCAUUAUCUACCCUCAGAGCAAAUUAAUCGCCAUUAUGGGGAUAGCUUUAAAAAAAAUUCUGUGUUUGGCCUUGCACAUAAUCUGGAUGGGUCGGGUGAAAGAAUGAGAAAAAUCUUGCAGCCCAGUGACCGUUUAGUAAUUAUCAAUGGAGUAGAAAAGAAAUUUCGUGAUCGCACUCAUCCCAACAUAGGAGAAAUCGCUCAUCGGACGGGUUUACAUCACAAUUUGGAUGUAACUAUCGGUAAAAGAACUAAAACUGAUCUCUGCAACGUUCGGGACUUAAUCGAAGAUAUUAAAGUGUGCAAUCGUGAUGUAAAAGUGCACAAGGCGGUCGCCCACAUUAAUCAAUUGCGGCGUAAUUUGUUUCGACGGAGACAUUUUCAUAUGUAUGAUUUGAAAUCGCUCUUGAAAAAAUAUGAUGAGGACGAAACAGGCUAUGUAGGCUUUGCUCAUGUUUUAAACGCAAUGCGUAUCCUACAAAUACGUCCCAACGAAGAUAAAUUGCGUUUAGCGGUUAAACACUAUCAACUUUUGAUUGAUGCGGAUACGCCCAAUGAGCGGGUCAAUUUAGAGCAAUUUUGGAAAAUGUUACACGUGCAACAUCCUUUGCCGAACAUGCAAAGUGGCGAACCCGUACCCGAAAACCUCCAUAACAAAGAAACAGUAUAUCGGAUAAUGUGCAAGGAUCGUGAAAAAUCAUUAGAUCCCCUGCUUGUUGAGUUCUCACGCAAGCCGAGUGACGAAGAUCGGACACGGGCUGGAGACUUAAUUUCGCCUGCAGUUUCGAUUACGUUUGGUCUCGGUCCAAGUGAUUUCGAAGUGCCACGCCCGAAGGAAGAACUACGCAGAAUUUUUAAACGUUUACUAGUCGACAAUUUUGACGCAAUUUGGGAAUUGGCUCGUGCUAAGGCAAAGGGAGAUGAGAAUUGCAGCAUAUCGGUGAAUAAUUUACGUGAAACUCUGAACGAACAGGCAACUGCUAGAAUUUCCCAACGCUGCAAUCCUAAAGCAAAUUUAUUUGGAUUUUAG